CGCGGGGAGGGGCGUGACCGUCACGUGACAAGGAAGUGCCGUUAACAGCGCUUUCCCGAUUCCUGGCGCCUCUGGAUGACGUCAUCAAGGGAGGGCGGAGCGAUAGUGUGUCUGAAGUUCAGGUUCCGCUGUCAAGGCAUGUUGAGAGUCUGUGGAGGCUGCUAAGGAAAGCGAUCACUAGUCAGUUUGCGGUUCUAUGAUCCUGGCUUGGAAAAUCUGCUUCCUGGACUUCUCCAGAGCGACAGCUGCGGUUUACAGUUAGGGCGGUUUAAAAGUUAGUUGUGAAUGACAGGAGCUUCUUGUGGUAAGGGACUUGUUCUGCUCUUUCUUCAUCUCCAGCAGAACCUCCAGGGCCUAAAACACGGCUUUUUUUCUUUUCAGAGAGAAAUCCUGUGCCUAUUACAGAACAAUCUUCCUCUUUCUGGCUAAAUGACUUCUGUGCCCGUGAUACCAGAAGCCUACAGCCAUGUUCUUGCAGAGUUUGAGUCCUUGGACCCGUUACUCACAGCCCUGCGGCUGGACUCCAGUCGUCUGAAGUGUUCCAGCAUAGCUGUGUCUCGGAAAUGGCUGGCCUUAGGCAGCACAGGAGGAGGACUCAAUCUCAUUCAGAAAGAUGGCUGGAAGCAAAGGCUGUUUCUCUCCCACCGGGAAGGGGCGAUCUCUCAGAUUGCCUGCUGCUCUCAUGAUGAUGAUUAUGUUGCCGUGGCUACCAGUCAAGGUCUUGUAGUUGUUUGGGAAUUAAAUCAAGAGCGUCGUGGGAAACCAGAGCGAAUCCAUGUGUCCUCAGAACACAAAGGCCGAAAAGUUACCGCCCUUUGUUGGGACACAGCUGUCCUGAGAGUCUUUGUAGGUGAUCACGUGGGCAAAGUUUCCGCCAUCAGACUCAACACUUUGAAACAAGCAAAGGCAGCUGCGGCCUUUGUGAUGUUUCCUGUCCAGACAAUAAUAACAGUCGACUCCUGUGUCGUCCAGUUAGAUUAUUUGGAUGGAAGAUUACUUGUGUCUUCACUGACUCGAACCUUCUUGUGCGACACUGAGAGGGAAAAGUUUUGGAAGAUUGGAAAUAAGGAAAGAGAAGGAGAGUUUGGGGCGUGUUUCUUCCCUGGAAGGAGUGCUGGGAGCCAGCAGCCUCUGAUCUACUGUGCCCGUCCAGGCUCCAGGAUGUGGGAAGUGAGCUUUGAUGGGGAAGUGCUCAGUACACACCAGUUCAAGAAGCUCCUCUCAAUGCCGCCCCUUCCUGUCAUCGCUGCAAGCUCGGAGCCUCAGUAUGAUCACGCAGUUGGGUCCUCCCAGUCUUUGUCGUUCCCCAAACUCUUGCAUUUUAGUGAACACUGUGUGCUGACUUGGACAGAAAAGGGAAUUUAUAUUUUCAUUCCUCAGAAUGUUCAAGUUCUUCUUUGGAGUGAAGUCAAGGAUAUUCAGGAUGUAGCUGUCUACAAGAAUGAAUUGUUCUGUUUGCACUUUAAUGGGAAAAUCUCACAUCUUUCCCUGUUGUCUGUGGAGCGCUGUGUAGAACGCCUGUUAAGGAGAGGCCUGUGGGACCUGGCUGCUCGCACAUGCUGUCUCUUCCAAAACUCUAUUAUUACCAGCAGAGGAAGAAAAACACUGUCUGCAGAUAAAUUGGAGCAUUUGAAAUCUCAGCUGGACCUUACAGCCUGCAGUGAACUAAUUUCUCAGCUGGAAGAAGUGAUCUUCAAGUUUGAGCCUUUGGAUUCAGCUUGCAGCAGCAGAAGAAGCUCCAUUUCAUCACAUGAAAGUUUUAGCAUCUUGGACUCUGGUAUUUAUCGUAUCAUCAGUAGUAGAAGAGGCAGUCAGUCCGACGAAGAUUCUUGCUCCCUUCACAGCCAGACCUUCUCAGAAGACGAGAGACUUAAAGAAUUUGCAUCACACCAGGAAGAGGAGCAGCCAGAGCAGGGCUGUUGUGCAAACAGAAAUGAAGACAGUGUUUCCCAGAGUCCAAUGAUGUCUGAGAUAGAUAAGGGGGAAGCGUUUCUGCCCUUCAACAUUCCGCUGCCAUUUCGUUCUCCUUCUCCCCUCCUGUCUCUUCAGGCUGUUAAGGACAGUGUUUCUAGCUUUGUGCGUAAGACUACUGAGAAGAUUGGCACCCUUCAUGCAAGCCCAGAGCUGAAAGAGACAUCGGAACCCAAGGAUGCUGACCAAGUUCAUGAAGAGGAAGUGAGUGCCGUCACCUGCCCUCUGGAGGAGGACACUGAGGAGAAAGAAAUCCAUCAACCUCCUGAAGAAGACAGGCUUCAGGGACUCACAGCAGCGACAGCAGAAGCAAUGACCAAGUUACUGGACCCCCUGGUUUUGUUUGAACCCAAGUUGCUAAGAGCGGUUUUACACGAGUGGCUUUCACAGUUAGAAAAAACAUUUGCUACCAAAGGCUUUGCUGGCAUUUCCAACACCAGCAGUCUACCCGAGAAAUCGAACCUGGAUACGCACCUCCUCGGCGAGUCAGAAAAAAGAGUAUUAUGUGAAGAGAGUGCAGAAGAAAGAAGGGUCACCUUAGGCACUGAAGAACCUGGCGGUCAGACAACCUGUGACUCUGUAAGCAGCCUGAGUGAGCCCUCGGCCGACAGUUUUCAAGUCUGUCCUCCUUACGCCAUAGCAAACAGCCUUCAGAAGGACCUGGUGGAAUUGACAACGUUGUGCUUGGAACUGAACGUGUUGACCUCUGCGGUGGAAAGCGAUGGUGGACACGUGGACUGUGCUUUGCAGCAGCUCUCUCCAGGGACCCUGGCUUGUCGUUUUCUGAAGAAGUACUUUUUUCUCCUGGACUUGAAAAGGGCAAAGGAGAGUGUCAAGCUUAGUCACCACAGCCCCUGUGUUUGGGACACUUUUGUUGAAGGACUGAAAGAAAUGGCAAGUUCUAAUCCUGCCUACGUGGAGAUGGAAGAAAGAGACCUGCCCACAGGGUUACAGUUGCUGGAUGGCUCCGUCCCUUCCCAUAGUCCCCUGCUGAUUGCCUUUGCCGCCCGGCUGUAUGACAGAUUUGGCGAGCCUGCCCUUCGAGCCUUGAUCAAGUUUUACCCGUCCAUCUCGCCUUCCGACAUCGCGCAGCUUUGCCGUCAUCAUCCGGCUCAGUUUUUGGCCUAUCUGGACAGUCUGGUGAAGUCCAGGCCCGAGGACCAGUGGCCAUCCUUCCUUGAGUUCCUUCUACAACCAGAAUCUUUAAGACUUGAAUGGCUGCUUUUGGCAGUGUCCCAUGAUGCUCCACCAAGCACAAGUACAGUGGAUGAUGAAGGACAUCCCAGGCCCCAUUCACACCUGCUUUCUUGGGGUUAUAGCCAGCUGAUUCUUCUUCUGGUUAAACUUCCUGCAGACUUUGCAACCAAAGAGAAAAUGACUGACAUCUGUAGGUCUUAUGGUUUCUGGCCUGGAUAUCUUACCCUCUGUCUGGAGCUGGAGAGGAGGAGGGAGGCCUUCACCAACAUUGUGUAUCUGAAUGAUGUCAGCCUGAUGGAAGGGGACAAUGGGUGGAUCCCUGAGACCUUGGAGGAAUGGAAGCUUCUCCUACAUCUACUACAGAACAAGAACACAAGGCCAGCUCCUCAGGAGUCACUAAAUGGGAGCCUCAGUGAUGGGCCUGCCCCCAUCAAUGUGGAGAAUGUGGCACUCCUGUUAGCUAAGGCCAUGGGCCCAGAUAGGGCCUGGUCACUGCUACAGGAGUGCGGUCUGGCCCUUGAGUUGUCAGAAAAGUUUACCAGAACCUGUGACAUCCUGAGGAUUGCUGAGAGAAGGCAGAGAGCACUGAUACAAGGCAUGCUUGAGAAGUGCGACCGGUUCCUCUGGUCACAGCAGGCCUAGUGGGAGAUGUACUCUGACCAAGUGGAAUCCCGCUCUAGAACCUUCAGAGGGCUUUGGCACAGAAGGAAAGAGGACAUCCCAAGCCAUGCCAUGACUGGAAGGAACGUGCCAUGCUGCUGCAGCUGCUGAUGCCUCACCACCGCCUUGGCCCUCGGUUUCUGUGGCUCUGUGACCUCAGAAUCUCUCCAGGAAAACCAGCUUUCAGAAGCAGCGGGCUGUCUGGAAGCAGCAUGCGGUGCUCCCUACUGUGUGGUAUUUACUGUGUACAGUGAAUCAGGGAAUUGGUUUCUACUGAGGCAGAUCUGUGGGUGCAGCAGCUUUGUUACAGAAGACAGAUAAUGUUCUAAUCUGCAGUUCAGUAGCUUUUCCUUUCCGUUUGUCUGAGGUGACUACAGAUUACUGAGUGAGGACCCGGAACAAUGACACCGUUCUUGUCGGCAUAUGUAAUAAAUACUAAAGAUACAAACUAGAGUUUUAAGUAAGAUUGCCAUAUCUGAGUUGAGCUCAGUUUAAAGUAUUUUUCCAGUAUUUAUUUGAUAUUUUCUAAGCUAUACUGACUAAUCCCUGGAAAUAUAUUAUUUGUAAUUUUUAAAGAGCGGGUGACCCAAACACUCAUGCCCUCUCUUCUAUUUUUUAUUGAGUCAUGCACUUUUUUCCUUCCUUCCUUUCUUUCUUCCUUUCUUUCUGGUGGAAACAGGGUCUCGAUCUGUAGCCCUCGCUAGCCUGGAGGGCGCAGGUUUGCAAGGCUGUCUCAGGCUGUCUCGACUUUACAGAUCUCCAGCCUCCAGGAUGUUAAGAUUAAGGGUGUGUGCCGUCACACACAUUUUUAACAUUUAUUUUUAAAAAGCCAUAGCAAGAGAAAGCCAUGUACUAUUAUAAAUUAUAGCAAAUGAUUGUAUUAGUCAAGCCAUGUAACUAGAUUGCAUUUCUGAGGCUUUCCGUAGCCUAUUGCAUUGGUAAUAAACAAUGAAGUUUUUCUUUAAGCAGAA